CAACAUGAAAGGGAGACUAUUCUCAAUUGAUUUUUAGGAUUUUGUUUACUUUCGCUUCUACGGCGUCAUAUAGAUCUACAUCUAGAUCAAGAUAGAGAGAUUCUAGACUAGAUCUAUAUAUACUAAAAGCAAAGUAGCGAAAUUCAAAAGAGCUAGAAAUUGUCUAAAUUAAUUAACCCAUAGAUCUUCUACCAAUGUCUGUUACUCUACACACAGAUGUCGGAGAUCUUAAACUGGAGCUCUUCUGUGAGCAGUGUCCAAUCACAUGUGAGAAUUUCUUAGCUUUGUGUGCCAGUGGAUAUUACAAUAAUAGUUUGUUUCACAGAAAUAUUGCUGGCUUUAUGAUCCAGACUGGAGAUCCUUCAGGUACUGGCAAGGGAGGUAAAAGCAUCUGGGGCACAAAGUUUGAGGAUGAAUUUAGAGAAAAUUUGAAGCACAGUACAAGGGGGAUAGUUUCUAUGGCCAACAAUGGACCGGACACAAACGCUUCACAGUUUUUUAUCACUUAUGGAAAACAGCCCCACCUUGAUAUGAAAUACACAGUCUUUGGCAGAGUUAUUGAUGGCUUUGACACACUUGAUACUCUAGAAAAAUUACCAGUAAGUGAAAAAGGUUAUAAGCCGGUUACAGAAACAAGGUUACGAGAAGUGACAAUUCAUGCCAACCCUAUAGCGGAGUCAGUGCAGCAAUGAUCUCUAUGUUUGAUAUAGAUUUUUAAUGUAAAUAGUUUGUUAUUAAAUUGAUAUGGUUAUA